AUGCAGGCCGAGAACCCAGAGUUGUUACCUCCGAGCGAUAAGCCGUUCAGGCUUGAGGAGCUGAAACCUUUCGAUGGAAAAGAUCCUGAGAAGCCGAUAUACGUCUCUAUCAAAGGCACAAUCUUCGACGUAACCCGCAAACGUGAAAUGUACGGCCCCGGUAAAUCAUACAACAUCUUCGCCGGAAAGGACGGUUCGCGUGGAUUGGGCAUGUCAAGUCUCAAAGACGAAGAUGCUGUACCAGACUUCCAUACUCUCCCGCCGAACGAGAUGAAGGUGUUGGAUGAUUGGCAUGCGUUCUUUUCGAAACGAUAUAACAUCGUCGGCCUCGUCACAGAUAUGCCAGAAGCCGUCGCACAUUUAUGUCCGUCCCCAACUAGUCCUACCACCUCUCCUAGUUCUUCCUCCUAA